AUGCGACUCCACGAUGCUCCAAUCACCUCCGGGUCGACCAAUGGACACCACUUCCGCUUCUUAGACCUCGCUGCAGAACUUCGGAACCGCAUCUAUGAAUACGCUGCCGAGGCACCGCCGCGCAACAUCAUACCCAAGCCUGGCAACCCACCCACCAUCAGUCUCACCCAAGUCUGCCGACAAAUUCGCGAUGAAUUCAGGAAGAUCUACAUGCAAAACGUCCCCUUCACAGUCAGAGGCAAGGACAUCAAGGGUUUCACGAACGCGUUCUUUGCGUCGGGCCAUACGAACCAGCGGGUACUCGAUGGGCAACGCCCCACGCGCGUCAUUUACCUUUAUCCGCCUUUGAGGAAUGUGGACAUAUUACCUCUCCUGGAAGUUAAGAUAGCGUUCCCGCAAACCGAGAUCACCGUCAUCCCCGAUCCUGCAGAUAUCGAAGAGCAUUUCUAUCCACCAUCCUACUUGUGGUACAAGCCGGGGCAUGUACCCCACGGUGUGGAUAUGACAUUGGACCGGGAAGGGCAAGCUUACAUGGAUCAGAUGAGACAGCUCUACAACAUGACAGGUUUCGAAGAUUGGUCUGGGGGUUAUCAUGACGUUGCAUUUGAAGAUACUGAUGUGCGUAAUUUCACCAAUUCGAGCCGGAAGAUGUAG